AUGCUGGUCAAGGAAUCUACCUACGACGUGAAAACAACUAUUGGCGGGGAGGGGCAGAUGAGAAUAUAUGUCUUCCAUCCGACUAUCCCAGGCUAUCCGGAUGCAAAGUUUCCUGGAGUAGUGGUGUUCAGUGAGAUUUAUCAAGGUAUAGUACCACUUGAUGCCAUGAGAGGAUAG